AUGCGUGUUACACGAUAUUUGUGGAUUAAUAAUUUACCUGCCCGUGUUACUGAACAAGAUAUUCGUGAUGUUUUACAGAGUCAUGGCAAAAUCCAAAGUGUACGUAUACAUGAGCAUGAAGGAAGUAAUGGUGCUGUUGUUGCAUUUGUUGACACUAAAUCUGCGACACGAGCGGUGGAGAGCACAGUUCGAUUGAAAAAGGUCAAUUUAUCUCUUCAAUAUUGUGAGUCGUCGGGUGUUCCUGGAACUAACAGUACAGAUCAACUUGUUACUCCAACGGAUUAUACUCAAGCAAGCAGCACUAGCCUUUUUCAGUCAGAUGGAAAGUAUUCACAACAAAAAAGUCGAUCCGUGAGUACGGUUAGUGACUCCAGUUCUGUAUUUCACGAUCCAGAAAAUAAAGAACAAUCCCAAGCCUGUAGUUUAUCACAUACCGUUACAAACCGGAAUUAUCCUAAAGAUUCUAAACCUAACAUGAAUACUAGCCCUCGUUUCCAAAACGAGCAUCGUGGAUUAAAGAUAAGCCAUCUUCCUUUACGUUCCUCAGAUACAAAUUUGCGGGAAGGAUUAUUUCAUGAGUAUAAAAAACAUGGAAAAAUCACUUCUGUAUUCGUACGUGGACAAGAUGAAGAGCGUAUCUGCAUAAUUACAUUCAAAAGAAGUGAAGAUGCUGAAAGAGCUCUUGCGUCAUCAAAGGGUAAGGUGUUUUUUGGUACACCAAUAUCUGUGCAUCCACACGAAGGCUUGAAUUCAGAAGACCCUGAUCUAUGUCCGCCUGAACACGCUUUGGAUGAAUACCAUCCUAAAGCUACAAAAACUUUGUUUGUUGGCAAUCUGUGUUCAGGCACGAUAACCCAGGAUGAACUUCGUCGUGCUUUCCGUUGUUAUGGAGAAAUAAUUGAAAUAGAUAUAAAAAUUCAGGCGAAUCAGCCAGGGACAUCCUAUGCCUUUAUUCAAUACUGGGAUAUCAAGAGCGUGGUACGGGCGUUACAAGAACAGGAAACGAUUCGUGUCAACGGAAAGCCUGUCAAACUAGGUUUUGGUAAAAGCCAACCUACAAAUGUUGUAUGGCUCGAUAACUUAUCACCUACUAUUAAUGAAACAUUCUUAACGAGACAGUUUGGUCGAUACGGUCAACUAACUCAUGUGGUUUUAGACAGAAAAUUGAUGCGAGCUCUUCUGUACUUUGAUAAUGUUGAGGUAGCUCAGCAUGCGGUAAAUGAAACUCGCAAUCGAGCUCUUGUCGGGCGCAAGGUGCAGAUUGAUUAUGCAGGUUAUGAGUGUCAAGUUGCAUUCAUGAGGAAAUUGGCAAAGCACGACAACUUUGGGCAAGUGUAUGAGAACUAUAAAGAAAGGUUGCAAGAAGUUCUAUCGCUGUUACCCUACGGAGCUGUCAUACCUUAUCUUGGGGAUCGACAAAGGCACUUUGGCGAUAAUCAACGAGAUCAUUUUCCAAGUGGCAAUACGAAAUUUUCUUACCGGCGGUCAAAUUGCAUUCGUGGUAGUCCAGUAGAUCGUCCUCUGAAGUACGAACAAUCUAACAGAAACAAAUGUGGAUCACCGGUCUCUCCUCGUAGCCGAUCACAUCAGUCUGAUCGAAGACGAACUUUUAUUACGAGUUCUCCUGAUGAUUAUAGGUUAUCCACUAACUGGGUUGGUUCACAUAAUAAUCGGAAUUCACACCAUGGAAAAUCUGAUUUAAAAAGCUUACAAAUUGAAGACAGGCCAGUUGUUCCAUCUCAUAGGAAGUAUCAGCAUAACGAUAUUCAUACCAAAUCAAAAUCAUUACGUUAUUUGUCGCAAGCUGAAAACAAAUCUGGUUCUGUUUCUCGCUCACAUAUAGAUCAGUCAAACUCUCGAAAUAGAGGUCAAUUACUUGAAGAGACAGAUGAUGUUAGUAGUGGUUCUUUUUCCUCAGGCUAUACAAAUGAUGAUAGCUUUUUCGAAGCUUCUUCCUUGAGGCAUAGUAACAGCAGUUCAGACUACUCGGCACCAGCCUCAAAAUUGCCCUCACAUGUGUCUCGAGACCAUAUUCUGAUUGGUGACAAACGAAGAAACACAGAUGUUGACGUUUCAUUACAGAAAUGUGUUCGCUCUAACCGUUAUGAAGUGGCUCCCCUUGAGGACUAUUCAUAUUCGUCAAGCAAGAAGCAUAUUCAAAAGACAAGGGACAGUGCAAGCCCGCAAUUUAGAACAAAUAUGACUCACACGUCUAUCGGAAGAUCUCGACUGUCGUCAUCUCAGCACCGCACAACUUCAGCCUUAGAUAGGAACCUGAGUCACGGAGAGGGUUGUCACGAGUUUUUGGAGGAAAACAGUAGUCUUAAGCAUAACAAAACUAAUCUUCAUUCCCAGGGUCGCUUGCCACUUAAACCUCUGGAUGCUGAUUAUACGAGUCCAAAUUAUACUUCAUCAAAGUCAAAGCGAGUUUCGCUAUCAACAGUCUCAUCGGUACAUAGGGAUUCCGAAUAUACCAGACGACCAAACACAUCUAAUAUGAGCCCCAUAUCACCUGAUGACCUACACUACAACAAAACGGACGAAACAUAUGCAUGUGCUGUAAAUAGCGCAUCUUGUUCUGAUAUUCCUAUCACAUCUAAGUCUCAUGAUACUUUAACAAAGCUCGAAAUGGAAAGAGCCAAAUUACUUAGAGAACUAUCUUUGUUGAAUAACGAGGUCAUCGGUGGAGGCAGGGGAAAGGGAAGCAAUUACACACCGAAUGUUGAAAGUUCUAGCAGGAAGCGUGCUCCAUCAUCACUGUUCGCUAAUGAUCUCCCCUCACCGAAAUUAAAGUGUGUUGAAAGUACUGCAAAAUGUGAUUUUGUGUUAACUCAAAGUCCAACUUUCAUCAGUGAUGGCUUGACAAGUCCUGGAACUAAGAAGUUCACUUCUAAUUCGCAUUCUCUGAAGCGUAUAACAACCUCACAUGAUUCAAAAUGCUCAAUACUUACUUCUACACAAGAGGGUAACGACAAGCACGUUUAUGUUUUAUCGACGGAGAGUCAUUCAAAUCGAAACGAUGCUACAUCACCCAGUCAAAAAAACCCUUUAGCCAAGCCUCCAUCGGCUCAUGAUAUACGUAGUCUUAGUGCCAGCUCUCGGUACACAGCUUUGUCUGUUAAUACCAUCACCCACGGUUUGGAUUUAUCGGUUAGUCGACCGUCUGCCCUGAUGACAUCAUCUCCAAGAAUGCUUGUUCCACCGGAACCCACUUCACCGAUGAUACACAUUUCACCUCCCAGUUCGCCGAUAGUAAUGGAUAAAUCGUAUGCUUCAACACCUAAUGCUUUUCUCUCUUCCUCCGUCCCUACACCUUCCACAUCUGGAUCCAUUGCAUCUUCAGUCACUAACUCUUGUAGCAGAGAUCCUCGUCUGGCUGUACAUAUUAAUCAGUUGCCUUGCGACGUUCCCCCACCUCCGCCAGAAACUUUCAAAUUACCAUUGUGGGUUGAUACUUCACCUCAUGCAGAUGUGAUUUCCAACUCAAUUUCAAGCUCUGUAUUGAAACCACAGUCUCCUCUUGUAACCAAAUCUAUUUAUGAUGUUGAUCAUGGCGUUUCCAUUCAUGACUCUAGUGUAUGCUCACUUGAUGAACGUAUUCGACUUUUAGACGUUCAACUAAUGAAAUCUGAAAAGGCUAGGCCGACCGUGGAUUAUAGCAAAUUUCGUAUUAGACGUAAAACAGAAGCUGGCUCAACCUCACAGUCCACUCAAAGUAACGGUGCAACGCAAUGUAUUUCAGGAGUUUCAGUUAUUUCUUGUUCACCUCACUCUCCUGUUUUAACUGUUUCAACGUAUUCUGUCAGUACUCGCCAUGAACUUGCAGUCACAGACAAUGUUAAUCCUAGCCUGCCAGUUUCUUCAUCUGCAACCACUGUUCCGAAGUCUCCCAUUUUGUCUUCUACAACACCCUUAUCUCUAGUAAAACCAGCGGACACUUCGGAAUUCGUAAAAAGUAUGUUAUCUUUCUCUAAGCCAUCUCCUUCAACUCCCUGCAAUGAUACGCCAAAUAAUUUGUUUUCAAACGAGGUAAUGCCGGUUGCUCGACAUCCGGCCACAGUUUCACUCUGUACAAACUCGUUCCUCUCCCGCUUACCUCGCUCAAUUGUUAAUAGUAUGUCCUCGACGAACUCUAUCCAAUCAUCUGAUUCUUUUUGCAAUAAACUGCCGAUUGCGAACAACAAUCGUAUCCAUGCCACUGUCUGUAAUCUUGAACAUAGUUCACUAUCCGGAGCUCAACCUGUGGGUGUGGCUACUAGAAUGCCAUCAGUAAGGUUAUCCUGUGUAUCUGACAUUUUAUCAAAAGCUGAAGACAACGAUUUAGUGGCAAAAUGUAACACCAAGCUUAACACAAGGAAAGAAAGUAUGGAUUAUGUGGAGAAAUGCGAAUCUUCGAUCCUACCAAAUUCUGUCAUGAAUACUUCAACGGACUUUAACGUCACCUUACCACUAAUUGUUAGUGAUAACCAAAAGAGUGUUGAUAUAACCGGUAAAAUUACCGAACCCUCUGCUUCUUCAUAUUUAGGAUCAGCUAGUGCAUUACCUGUCAAAACAAAUCAAAAGCUUACUAGUUCGCAGUCUGUUGCCUGUUCCAAGUCAUCACCACAGGAUGAUUUGAUUAUUAGUGAUAGUUGUAAACCGACAUCACUUUCGAGCCUACCGGUAACUAAUGCUAAGAAAAUCCAGAAAAAUGAUUCUUCAAGAUCUGCUUUAGAUGAUUUUGUUUUCCAGAAUUCCUUGGGGAGUAGUACAUGUAAAACCAACCGUUUGAAGAAGCAACUUGACUGCUCCACUCUAUUAAUGCCAACAAAGCGAAAACCCACCACUACAUUUGAACCUAAAGAAACAGUGAUUUCUAAUGUAGACAGGAAAGAUUUAGGGAACCUAUCACUACUAAAAAUCAAAGCUCCAGAGAAAACAUCUUCAAAGAACGUUUCCAAGAAAUCGGAAUUCGUCCCUGAAAGCAACAUGCAAAAAGAUUCCACUCCGAAUUGCAAACCUCAAUUGACUAGUGACGAUAGCCAGUCUACGCUUGGUUCCAACAACCGUCUUUUGUCAUCUCUGGAAAAGAAAACAGUUUCACCACAUUCUAGGAAAAGGAAAAUAAUCCGGGAGAUUAAAAAGAAGACUAUCGAUAGUGAAGAUUCUGAUUGGGAACAAAACGCUGUCAUGAGUUCUAACUCUUGUGAUUUACUUGAUGAGUCUAACUACGAGUCAAUGUAUGAUAAAAUUAAGCGCCGAGCUAACCAAAGUACAACAAAGUCUACUGAUUCUCUAGUGAAGCCAAGUGUUUUACAACGCUUAUUCAAAGUUAAGGGUAAACAGUCCAAAAAGGCAGAUACUCACAAAUCUCUUGAUUCUGAUACUGAUGAAUGUUUAAGCGAUGGUUCAUCAAACCAUUCUGAUAACACUUCCACUGUAGUAUCGAAGCGCACGGGGAAAUCCAGUUUUUUGUCGAAUGAAACGCUAGGAAAGUCCGUUAAACAGAAAGUCUCAACUUCGAGUGGGGUUAAGACAUCAGCGUUGACCAGUUUAUCACCCAAGCGAAAAAGGAUUGUCGCUCAGUCUGAAAUAUCAUCAAAUGAAUCUUCACACAAAACUCGAAGUCGAAGAGCCAAAAAGUCUGAAGUUUUGGAUGUGUCUCGUUCAAUAACCAUUCAGGUUAAACGUAAACAUAAAGGUGAGCUUCAGAAAAAUAAUGCUUCGGGUUAUCGAUCAAUCCGUCGCAAGAAGCUAUGCAUUACAGAGGAAAAUGAUACCACACAUGGGAAUGAAAGUAAAACUAUGUCAGGUCGCAUGAGUUCAACUGUUCGAUUGCGAUCUCAAAAACAAAGAAACGUCUCAAGUGAGAGUAAGCGCCUCUCUGUGAAGAAUAGUCAUCGUAGCUUAGUUCAUCGUGUAUUUGCGUCAACAGAUUCGUCUUCGCUUUCCUCUUCUGUAAUGUCUGAAGCUUCCGAGGACGAAAUGUCCGCGUCCAACAAUCAGGUUUCUCAUUCUGUCAAAGAAAAAACAGAUAAAAAGGAGGUUACUCAAGAAGGAGGAAGUUGUCAACCCAUGAAAUCCAAGUCUCCUUCACCACGCAUGAGUCGUUCUUGUAGCCCUGAAGACCUUCGUGCCGAUGCUGCUAUACGUCAUACCUUUGGAGCAUUUACUGCACCGUUUAUGUGUCUUAAAACUGAUUCUCCUUGCAACGCGGUUGUCAAACAAAGUGCUCCUCAAACUUCCGACUUGAAGUUUUCACCAAAUUUUGAGGAUUCAAGACCAACACCACCCACUCUUCCAAUGACUGACUCUAGUUUUAGCGGUGAUCAAUAUUCUAACGGUGGAAUAACUACCAAGUCACAAAUUCGUGAUCAUAGUGAUUGGAACAUAUUUUCUUCUCUCGCUAAACAGUCAACUCCAAUAAAGGAUGAUAGUAUGCAACAAAAUUUAUCUUCAUCGGGACGUGCUGUUGAUAGUGAUAGCACACCAGCGAAUGCUGCAGUUGAUAUGUCUUAUGAUACAGAAGACGAAUUACCUUGCUUAGAGAAGCAUGAUGAUGAUGAACUAAACAAUCCUUAUGAAUCAUCUAUCCUACUACAUGAGAGUGAUAGUUUCAGUAAUAAUACCAAAAACUUAAAUGUGUAUAAUGAUGAUGAUUUACCUCCUCCAGUGGUUUCAGAAGUUGAUCAACUCAGCUAUUCAGAUACGGUGCUUGUAUCGACCGGAACUGUUUCAGAUAUAAUUGAAGAAGUUAUUUACGAUAGUUUAGAAGUUCCUGUUUCAGAUGAAGGACACCUGAUAACAGACACGUCCAUAAAAAGUGACUUGUGCGAAAAUUUCCCAAUCGUCACCAAGUCUAUAGUUGAGUUGACUCUGUCACCUAUAAAUGAAGAGGCUAAGCAACCUUUCCUAGAUGCAUGUAGCGCUUCCAAUACUGAUGUUAGUAGUUUGCAUGGAAAAGUUUCUUUUGAUGUGUCAUCAGUUGUCAUGUCUAAUGCCGCCUCGUCAGUAAACUCAGUAACUAUUCAGUCAACUGCUUUGAAUUCGGUGACUAUGUCUGCUACUCCGCAACCAUCUGAUUUACAAAAUACACACCAACCAAUGUUAGUCGCCGUUCCCACAACAUCAGCUGGCAACUUGAGUUCAUCAAAACUCGCACUGCUGACUAGUGCAGAUAAUUCGGGAUCAAAUUCUUGUUCAUCUCUGUCUUCUAGUGUCAACUCAGUGUCUCAAUGCCAUAUUGCCGUUAUUUUGCCAACCACUAGUGUUUCACUCUCUGGAGAUUCACUGACUGCUGUAUCUUCUGUUGUAUCGGAUUCACACAUCAGUGCAACGCCGAAUGUGGCUGUUACUAAACCAGGAUAUCCUUCGCUAGUGGUAGCCUGCUCACCUCCACCUUUCACUUGUGUUACUUUGACCAGUUGUCAGUCGCUUCAUCCUCCGACUACUCAAACCAGUCAAGCAGUGACAUAUUCACAAACUACCGUAAUUGCUAUGCCGUCUGUUUCCUCUAAUUCUUCAUUGGAUAAUGGCAUUCCUACAUCUCAUCCGUGUCUUGCAUCUGAAUCUCAAAUUGGUAAUACCUCUUUUGAUCCAUCUGAUUUUACCUCAUAUGUCCAGCGUGUAAUUGAGCGUGUUAAGCAAGAGAAGGAUGAAGAAAUAUUGCAACAGAGAGAAAAAGUGAAACGUCCUAGAAGGAAUGCUAACAUAUCAAUGUCUUCUGCUUCGACAUCUAUAAAUUACACCAACAUUAUUGCUACUGUCACUAGUCCAAGUGUUUUCUCACCAAUAACCACGGCUCUAUCUUCUGUGAUUUCUUCACCGUCAGUAUCAGCCACUGACGUUCUCAAAUCACAAAGUGUAAGUGUUUUUGAUGAUAAAAAUGUCAUGAUAUCAAUGUGCAGUGCAAAUAGUUCUACUGCUCAAGAAUGUAAUCCCAUUUCUAUCAAGAACACGUUCAGUCCAAAUCCUCAAUCUAACAGUAUUUUGGAUUCACCCAGUGCGACAAAUAUACAGACACCGCACUUCAUAACGGAUGUUUAUUCGGAACAAAAUCAUCUUGAUUCUGGGUGCAAUAAUUUUACCAAUGAUUCUCAUUCUCGAGAUCCAGUUGAUGAAACCAUUGAAGCUGUGGUAAAUGGAGAAUUCGAUGAAAAGGAAUACGUACUAAAGUUAUUGAAAGGAGCGUUUGUUCCUAAUGGUCACUAUCGUACUCUCUCUGGUAGUAUUGGCUCCCCGUCCAGCCAUUCCGAUACUGUCACACUAUUACCUGAAAAUUCUUCGAUGAAAGGCGAACUCAAUCAACCUAAUGUUCCGGAGUCUGUUUACGCAGGUUCACCUAACUCGGCUUUUAAUAUUGGUGUCCAUUCUUCAUGCCCAAUGUCUGUCAGCAAAGGGAUUCCAGAUUCUAUUGCUUCAACAUGUCAGUCUUCGACAGUUUUAACACCUAUGCAUGUGUUAACCUUCGUUGCAGCUAGUACUGCAACGUGCACAUCACAAAAUACCUGCACUUCAACUGCAAUAAGUCCCAUUGUAUCCACUCAGUCAGUGUCCAAUCUAACUAAUUCCGCGCAUCAUAUAUCGUCUUCUUUGAAUUCGUCUAGUUCUGGCUUGGAUAAAAAUAGUAAUAUAACUCCACUUACAGCUUAUGCAACAAUUCCAAAUUCCUCUGACUCUCUGUCUACUAAUUCAACAAAUACUUGCAUUGGAGAGUUUGCAGCCCGACUGGCCAACAAUCCAUUCACUACAUAUUUCUAUUCCUUAUUAACACAAAAGCAAUUAAGCCCUUCUCUUAGUCCAUCUAUCUCUUCUGGUGACUCUCUCUGCCAACGUCCGAACGAUAACAUGACGUUACCAUUAUGUCCAUCUACAACACUGAAAAAGUUGUCCAUUCCAAAUGCAUCUGUCAGUGGUGAUACGGCGGACUAUCUGGCCGCAGCAACGAUGGCUGCCAUGGCCGCUAUGACUGGACCAACACAAGAUAUGACGUCUUUCGCACAGACUGAAGCAUCGGAGUCCUAUCCGGACCAUAAAGCUGCGUUGUCUGAGAAUCAGUUUUUGCAAAUGUGGUCAGCUGCACAUUUACGAAUACAGGAAUAUCCGGUCAUUUGGCGAGGUCGUCUAUCUUUGAAAAAUGAAGAGGUUUUUGUCAAUAUGCACUAUAUUAGUGGUAAUCAAGACCUAAUGAAAAGUUGCAUGGGCGUUAUAGCAGAACAAGUUGCUGUGAGCAACAUUGCUACUAGUUCUAGUUCUUUAGGGUCUUGUGUGACAAUGGACGCUCCUGGGUCGUUACACCAACCUUUAAAGAUAGUUCAACGAAUGCGUUUAGAGACAUCGCAACUGGAAGGCGUACAAAGGAAACUACGACAAAUAAAUGAUUUUUGUAUGUGUCUUACCCUAGCAGCUCCUCCACCUCUAACUCCAGAAGCUUCUGUGACUAGCGAACAAAUCCGAAUGAAUAGGAUAUUAUGUGAUGGAUUUAUUAAAUACAUGCUGGAUAAAUGCGCUGCUGGCAUAAUAAAUGUUUGUCAUCCGUGCACUCAACAAAACUUGUAUGUUAUACACAUAUUUCCUCCUUGUGACUUCUCACGUUGUCAAUUACAAGUAUGUGCUCCUGCUCUCUCACACAGUUUGAUGGAAACUCUAUACCCCAUGUAUUAA